AUGGAUAUUGAAUUAGAUUAUAUUAUUAACCAUCCCUCAUCUCCUGAUUCCUCAGAAGAUUUUAUCUCUAUUUCAUCAGAUUCUGAAGAUGACAUUACGAUAAAUUCCUAUGACACCCAACCUAACUCUUCUGGCCUAGCCUUUCAUAGAACCAACAUUCUUCCACCACCCAAACCAAAUAUGGAGGAAUUAAUGUCUUUUUCUGAUGAACAUGCUUCUGCACCAACCUAUGAUAUUAUGAUUUCUUCUAGAAUUAAGAAGUCUUCUACUUCUGAUUUUACUGCUCUGCUUAAGACUCUCAUGAAGACUCUUGAUGAAAUCAAGCAAGAGAACACAGUUGUUAGAACGCGGAUGGAUAAACAGGAUGAUAUGUUUAAAGAGAAAGCUUAG